GGGAAAGAGGUGCCUUUGGGUGAGGAUAUAGUGUGAAUGUCCACCUUUGGGGGGUAUCCUGCCAGGCCAGGGAUGCUGUUGCCAGUUAGGCCAAAUGUCACUGAGAUGUUGGAGUGAGGGUUGGCCCUGGCAGCCAGGGUUGCUGCUGCUGUGGCAUUACCCUGCUGCAGCCAGGCCCCUUCUGUACUGUGUGCCUGGACAGAUGAGAAGGUGAUGACUUAGCCUGUGCUAUAACCCCUGCCCUGCGUUUCUCCACGCCUGUCACUUGUGAGUCACUAUUUGUUUAUUUACAAAGCGCACGCAAAUGGUGUCAAUACAGAGUCAGGCUGUUACAGACACUGCUGUUUGGACAUCAGGCUGUGUUUGCAGAGCAGAGGCAGAGCAAUUGCACAAUCUGUGUAAGCAGUCACCCAUUCCUAAGAAAACCAUUCAGAUAUCUCAGGUUGUCUACCUGAUCAGUUGUGUACUGGUUUCACCAGUACAACAGGGACCUCAGCUCAGCUCAGGGGCAGAGUUUUGUACCACACUGGACAAGGUAUAAGAGCUUAUGGUGGGGUUGGCACCAGGAACCUUUACCUUAUGACAUCUGGAGGUUAUAUCAGGGUACCUCUUUACAGUAGCAAGGAAAUGUUUCUGUAACUGUGCAAUAAACACAUAUUCAGCAGUAACAGUAAAAUGAUGCUUUUGCUGUUGGAGUUGUAAGAUCAAGGCAGCCCACUCCAGAUAUGUGGCAGAAAAUCUGCUCUAGCAUAGUCCUCAGCUAAGAUAACAGGCCACAGGUAGGUGCUUAUUGUUUGGCAUAGCUUAAGAGAGCUGGGAAUCUCUGUUUAUAAUUAGAGUAAAUAAACCCUGAUGGAAAAUUGUCAUCCUCCUCUUCUUUGGGUCAUUUUUAUUCAUGACUCCGUGCUUGCGACAGCAGUGUGAUUAAUUCUGUGCAAGGGAUUUAUCUAAGAUGUCUUUCCAUACGAGCUUAGACCAUUUGCUUUCCAGUGUUGUAAUACUUUACAAACAAGAAGCAGAGCAGCUCUGUGUCUGCCCUCCUUGGGGAUGGUGGUCUGUCUUUUCAGGCUCACAAGAGACAGAGGGAGGAACUGAACGCCCUGAGAAGACAUUUUGAGAAAUGAGCCUGUGAAAUCCCACACUGCCAAAUGAGGCUUUGUUUUGCACAAACAACACUUGAACCAUGAAUACUUCAGUCUUGGCUGAUUGUAUGUGUCAAGUGAGUCAGAGCAAAUGUCCAUCCAGCUAGCAGCAGACUCUAAAUGAAGAUGCUGGUGUGCACUGUGCUUCUGGCAAUCCUCUGAGCCAGAGGAUAUAGACCAGGAAUUAAGGGGGAAAAAAAACAACCACAAAAAAACCCCCAACAAACAAACAAACAAUCAAAACCACAAAAAAACCCAACAAAAACAAAACAAAAAACCCAAACGAAAAAACCGGUUAAUCAUUAAAAGAAUAAAAGUUCUGGGGAACUCUGCCUUGAUGAACUUUUAUGAACUCUCUUAGUUUAAACCUGAAACUUGGCAAUGAGUUCAACAGUUCCAUGUCAUUUGGAAACUGACUUCCUUAAAAGAAAAUAGCGUAUUUUUGUUCAAUGUCAGCUGCACUUUCCUGCCCUCUAAACUCCGGGAUAGCAUAUCACACUGUCAUGAAACUUGCUGGUCUUUAAACUCAGUUUGAAAGGCAUACGGUUUUGCUUUGGCUGAGUAUCCUGUAAUGUCAACAGCCUGCAUUUCUGACAUCUUUUGUCAUGGUGUAAGUAUUUAUGGCAACCAUGUUGUGCUAGAGAGAGUUUUCCCUGAAGGUCAGGACAGUUGCAGUUGAAACAGCCUAUCCCUUCCUCUGCUGGUCCUUUACUGUACCUCUGCAAUUUCUAAAAAAUAUUUGCUAAUUAGAAUAAUUGGGAUAAUUUGACAGAACUAAAUGCUGCCAACCCUAAUUGUUCAAUCAGUUGAUUUAGCAAGUGAAGUAGUUCCCCCUUGCCUUAUAGUUAGGACCUUUUUGGUGCACCUAGGUUUGCACCACUAGGUUUAGACCACUCUGCUUAAGUAGGAAAAUAAAACUGGAUGUUCUUAGCAUGAAGUUCUUCUACCCCCUGAAACUGGACACCAUCUCUCUUCAGGUUAACACAAAAUACUGAAAGAUACACAAUAAAAAUAACAGGAGUUAGGAAAAACUGGCCUGCCACCUCAGCUCUUAUUACAAGUGUUCAGCCAGUGCCUGCACUUGGCAGAGGUACUGGCUUCUGUGAUCAAAUCAGCCAGCUUGAACCAGAGCUUGGCCAUUCUCCAGGUUUAGUGUGGCACUUUACUGGGCAGGCAAUGCCUUUCUUGUGCUCUGGGGAAGUACCUCACACAGAACAAGUUUCAGUGGAUCACUUCCUCAUUCUGCUCUUCAGCUUCUACUUGGCACAGGCUAGAAGUUGCCAGGAGCUUGACAACUGGGCAGUAGCCAUACAGCCCUUGAACUGGAGCCAGCAUGAAAUCAGCUGUGGCAGAGGCUGUGGGAUCUGCUCCCAGCAGCUGAGGGUCUGGUCCUUCUGUGCAGCAGUGGCUAUUCAAGGGACCAAACAACCCCUGAGGAGCAGCUGAGUGUGAUGUUAUUCCCCCUGUGCUCCUCCUGGCUGCUUGGAGCAUCCUGAAGCCCAGCAGGUAUUUUCUGUUCAGCUGUGGUAGGAGGCUGUAAUAGAUAAAUAUCUACAUAAUCAGCAGGCUGAGCAGGACGGUUUGUGCAUGUCUCUGUUUAGGCUAGUCUGGACUUUGUCAUGUUUUGCUGCCGUUCCCAGAUGCUUCCUUCUGCACUUAAUAAAGUAGGGUAUGGCGUCACUUUUGGUUUUGUCUUUGAAAGAGUAAACAAAACAGAAGACCAAAAGGCAGCUACUUAAAACAUAUUCCUCUGCUGUGACGGGAAAAUCUUUCCUUCAGAUGCAGGCAUCCACUGUUUGCAUUGCUCAUCCUCCUGGCAGGGGUUAUGUGCUUUGUCUGCCUCACUUGGUUCAAGCCUAACCUUUCUGAUCUUUCUAUUUUUGAAAUGCCUGAAAUGCUAUUGCUUCCUCUCAUGGAUCCUGGUUCCAGCUGCUUCCCACAUCUCCAGGAGAUGAUGAAAAAAGAACUCAUCAGUGGGUCAAGGUUAAAACACAAUAACUCACUUCCUGAAGGCUGAGUUGGGAGAGGUGGUGCUGUGAUCACUGGGUGCUGGCUCUUCACCCCAGAGGGUUUGCCCUGCUGCCAACAACUGCAUGUUGCUGUUCCUAGUCUUCUGUGAAUACUUGCUUCUAUGAUUCUGUUAUAACACAGCUUCGAGACUCAUCUCCAGGUUCUGGAGGACUACAAGCCAAGAGUGGGCCACAAAAUAAAAGCCCCAGCUGCAUUGUGCCUGAAUGAGGUUCUGGAGGAAAGCUGCCCCUCAGGAAGCUCCCAGGAUCUUUGGCCUGUCCAGGGAACCACUGCUGGCAUGGAGGAAGAGGUGUUCACCCCAGCUCCUGCACAGGACACACAGGUGUCUGCUCACAGAAAGCCUGUACUUGCCAAGGUAACACAGCUAAUCCCUAACACACGUCCCUGCAUAUGCAGGCCCUGGAGAAUGUCUGGGAUGCUUCAUCUCUGUCACCACCACCAGCAGCCAGGCCCUGGCUGGCCUCCACCUUUGGCAUCAGGGCUGGGCUGUCCCACAUUCCCCCUGUGCUGUGUAGUGCAGUCCUUUGGGCUGGUCCCCUGCUCUGGCCUCUCUCCCUGAUAUCCACAAUGACAUUUCUGCAGGUGUCAGAGGGGCCCAGCCAGAAAGCUCCCCAAACAGGGCCCCGGGAUGCCCAAGGCUGCAGCCAUCCCCACUCCUCCCUGGGGACCCACUCCUGCUGCAGCCAGACACGGCCCAGGCCUCUCGUUGCCCACAGCCCUUCAGGACAGCUCAGUGGACACUGCUGGGCUCUGCACUCCCACCUCUGCUGGCUCUGGGACAGAGAAGCAACAAGUUCCCUCCAGCAGUUUCUCCUCAGGCCACUCCCCCUGCCAGGGCACCGCUGCCAGCCAUGAUUGAGAUGUCCCCUGCAAUGUCCCCAUGGCACAGGCACCACAGUGAUAUGCCAGAACAUUCCAUUGGAACCCAUAGUUAGCCAUGGCCAGUUGGCUUUUGCCCACUGACUGGGAGAAUGAGGUAUGCCUGUGCAGGGCGAUGGCCAAUUAGGGAAGCUUCAGUCCACCUGUAAGAAUAGAAAAGUGAGCUGAUUCCCACAGAAACACCACCCCUUUCUGCUCCAGAUGCACUGGGGCAGGGGGCUGACAUGGCUUCUCCUGGCCUUCCAGGACAGGGGGAAACUGUGCCCUGUGACACUGCUGUACAAGCGAUGGGGGAUGAGCGGGACGUCCGGCCUGGCAAUGACAGACACGAGACCAAACAAGCUCUUGCUGUUUCCAAUGAGAGCACAGGCAAAGACAAUCGAUUCUUGCCCCUCUGCUUUCCACAAAAGCUUUGGAAAAUGCUGGAAAGUGACCAGUUUCGGUCCAUUUGGUGGAGUGAGGGUGGGAAAUGUGUGGCCAUCAACAAAGAUCUCUUCAAAGUGGAGGUGCUGGGCAGGGGAGCUUGUCAGCGGGUUUUUAACACACGGCACAUCAAGAGUGUUAUUCGCCAGCUGAACCUCUAUGGAUUCACCAAAGUGCAGCGGGAUUUCCAAAGAUCUGCCUCCCUGCCUGAAUUCCUAUCAGAGGAAGCAGCAGCUUCUGCUCACAGCCAGGAAGAUCCAUCCCUGGCGAAGCACUUCAAAGGUCACAGAGAUGCUGUCACUAGUGUGGACUUCAGUUGCACUAAGAAGCAAUUGGUAAGUGGCUCAAUGGAUUCGUGCCUGAUGAUCUGGAGUAUGAAGCCUCAGAUGAGAGCCUAUCGCUUCAUGGGCCACAAAGAUGCAGUUUUGUGUGUCCAGUUCUCACCUUCUGGCCACCUUGUGGCUUCAGGCUCUAGAGACAAAACAGUCCGUUUGUGGAUCCCUAGUAUCAAGGGAGAAUCGACUGUGUUCAAGGCUCACACAGCAACCGUGAGAAGUGUUCAUUUCUCCAGCGAUGGCCAGUCCUUAGUUACAGCUUCUGACGACAAAACAAUCAAAGUGUGGACGGUCCACAGGCAGAAGUUUCUGUUUUCAUUGAGUCAGCACAUCAACUGGGUUCGCUGUGCCAGAUUCUCUCCUGAUGGGCGAUUGAUAGUGUCAUCCAGUGAUGAUAAAACUGUCAAGCUGUGGGACAAAACCAGCAGAGAAUGCAUCCACUCCUUCUGUGAGCAUGGAGGGUUUGUGAACCACGUGGAUUUCCAUCCCAGCGGGAACUGCAUUGCCGCAGGGGGUACGGACAGCACGGUGAAGCUGUGGGAUAUCAGGAUGAACAGGCUGCUUCAGCAUUACCAAGUGCAUAGCUCUGUGGUCAACAGUCUUUCCUUUCAUCCCUCUGGAAAUUAUCUGGUUACUGCUUCCAGUGAUUCAACUCUUAAGAUUUUGGACUUGCUAGAAGGAAGACUUCUCUAUACUCUUCAUGGUCACCAGGGACCAGCUACAUGUGUAGCGUUUUCAAGAGAUGGAGACUUAUUUGCUUCUGGAGGUUCUGAUGAACAGGUGAUGGUGUGGAAGACUAACUUUGAUGCUGAUUAUGGUGAUGUAGUGAAACCCCAGAAAUAUGGCAGCAGUGUGGAUGGGACCCAUGGCACUGGGUCAGAAAUGGAUUGUAGCAUUCAUCAUAAGAAAACAAAAACUCGAGAUUCUUGUAGGACCCAUGAGCAGCAAGAGGAGGAGACCAGUCUUGCAAAUACCCUGGAGCAUAUUAUGGGACAGCUGGAUGUUCUGACUCAGACAGUUUCCAUCCUGGAGCAGAGACUGACACUCACUGAAGACAAGCUGAAGGAAUGUCUUGAGAAUCAGCAGAAAAUCAUUCAGAACAAAACAAACUGAUUUCCUGAGAUCAGACAGGAGCUGAAGGCAUUGGGAGGUUUGAGAUUGUUUGUGUUUCUAACAGACUGUGUGUGACUUGCUUUAACAAUUUUGAGCAUAAUCUAUUUUUCAAUUGGAAUGUAUAGUUAUUGUAUCUGUAAAUAGCUUUGUUACUUUACUAAAAUAAA